AAAGUUCUGCGUCGCUCUGACCCUCGUAUCCCCUCUCGAUGGCCCCGCUAUACGCAAUUUCUGGGUCGAGCAAGGACUCAGGUGUGCCCAUCUUUGAAGACAUUGAGCAGCAGUUCCACCUCGACGAUGGAGCCUUGCACACUAUCACCCAACAGUUCCUCGAUGACUUCCGUCUCGGUCUCGGAGAAUAUAAUCACUCAAUGGCCAUGAUCCCCACGUUUGUUACAGGUGUGCCAAACGGUACAGAAACUGGUACUUUCCUCGCGCUCGACCUUGGAGGAACAAACCUCCGUGUUUGCGAGGUCAAACUUCUCGGCAACCAUGAAUUCACUCUCAGGCAACAGAAAUAUCGCGUUUCUGAGGCGCUCAAGACUGGAGAGGCUUCAGCCCUUUUCGAUUACUUGGCCGAUUCAGUCGACGCCUUCCUCACAACCCCCACCGUUUCGCCCACCACUGCUUCAUCCAAUCCAUUCGCGGGCUCGUCAGCGAUCGAUGAGAUUGACCCUGAAGUAGAUCCCGCACUUCCCCUAGGAUUGACCUUCAGUUUCCCUGUCGAGCAAACAGCCUUAAACGAGGGCAAAGUUUUGACAUGGACGAAGGGUUUCUCCGCCAAGAACGCCGUCGGUAAUGACGUUGUCAAACUACUCCAAGACGCGUUCAACCGGAAACACUUACAUGUGCGCUGCGUUGCGCUUGUCAAUGACACUGUCGGCGCUCUCCUAUCUCGUGCAUAUACCGCAGGCGGAUGUAUUCUGGGCGCGAUCUUCGGCACAGGUACAAACGGCGCGUACGUCGAGAAGAUAGAGAACAUCACGAAACUAGGGGACUCGCCCGCACGGAAGAAUGGCGGACAUAUGGUCGUGAACUGCGAGUGGGGUGGUUUCAACAAUAACCGUUCUGUCCUGCCUUCUACGCCCUUUGACAACAAACUUGAUCGUGAAUCUAUCAACCCGAGGUUGCAGGCCUUUGAGAAGUUCAUCUCUGGCAUGUACCUCGGAGAGAUCACGCGGAAUGUCUGUCUGGCCCUGAUUGAUGCCGCUCCGAGAGCGCUACUCUUCAACGGCCGAUCGAGCAGGUUGCUCAACACGCACUAUGGCCUCGAUACCGCCGUGCUAAGCGAGGUAGAAGCUGCAUGGGAGAAAGGCAGGCAGCCGGACGUGAAAGUGAAGGGUGUCGAGGGUGGCAAAGACCCAGUUGCCAAAGAGCAGGCAGACUACGCUACGCCCCAGCAGCCACUAAGCAAGCUUACCGCAUCAGCCAAACCAAAUGGCACCAAUUCCUCAUCAGCUGCAGCGCACUUCCUGGACGUCGACUCGUGCUCCCCUGAGGAUAGGUCACGACUUGAGCGCAUACGCUCGAUCCUCAUCCAGCGCCUCGAACUUCUCGAAGAAAAUGUCUCCCUCCGCGACGCCGCUGUCUUCCGCUGGGCAACUUCUCUCGUUGCCAACCGCGCGGCCAAGCUCAGCGCGUGCGCCGUCGCCGCAAUUCUCGUACAAACUGGCCGCGCGAUGCUCGGUGGAGGCGUCAGACCCGAGGAAGAGUCUGUUAUCAUAGGUGUCGAUGGCAGUCUCAUAGAACACUACCCCAACUUCAACGCUCGCAUGCGUAGUUCACUGCGCUCCUUGGUUGGCGAGGAGGUUGAAAGUCGCGUUGACAUCGGUAUGGCGAAAGACGGUAGUGGUGUUGGAGCUGCACUCUGCGCCCUCCAGGCUAUCAAGCAAGGUCUUUGAUAGCACUCAGCAGACCCAAGCAAAAGCUUGCACACUGUAUUAUUUUACGCCUUGUUUAUCUUUCAUACUAUUCGUUUGUUGUUGUAUGGCACGGACAGUCCUCACGUGUAAUUUCGUCAGAGCGUUGCCUGAUAUGAGUGUUAUGCCACUAAUAUUGUCGUCUCGUUCCAUAGAUGCAAGGAAUGGAAUGGAUAGAACUCGCUCUACAGCAAAUCUUCGUUGCAUCGUGAGGCGUGACGAUAGCAAAGAAAGUCAAUGGUGAAACAACCGACGACUCUCUGAGGAUUAUACCUCAACGUGAACGACACCGAUCUGAGUUCGCGUGCGAUGCAAGAGAGGGAGCUGGUACAGAACCAGUACUAUACUGACACAGUCAUGAGUAGCAAGAUAUGGUGGGUGCGUGAUGAGACUUGAAUAGGAUACGAAGUGCUUGUGGAUGGAUGAGGGACCGUCGUGACUAAAAGAGAUGACAUCAUAGCGAAACAAAAUUCCCGGAAAGAGCUGCGCGGACUAGGGUAUGUAGGUCGAGAGGGUGAUGGGCGAGAGGGACUGUUACCGGCCUAGAAGAGGUCUUCCAGCGUCAUCUGCUUGACAAUGUCGGUGUUCGAGACCAUUUGUACGAAUUCCUCGAAGCUCAGUUUGCCAUCUCCGUCCUUGUCCGCUUCCAUGAUAGUCUUGUCGACAAUCUGCUGCAACUGCCCAUCCUUGAGGUUGUUCCCCACCAUCAUCUUCAGCACCAGGAACAGUUCGCCGUUCGAAAUAAAGCCGUCGCGGUCCAUAUCAUAUACCUUGAAUGCAAAUCGUAGUUUCUCUUCCCGUCCUCCUCUACUACUGAACGCGCUCAAUCCGCCAACGAACUCUUGGAAAUCGACAGUGCCUCCACCAUCUUCAUCGAAGAUCGCGAUUAGUCGCGAUGCCAGUGGGUUGUUUGCGAUGGCGGGUAUCUGCAAGAACUCUUCACGGUCUAUCGACCCGGAACCGUCACUGUCAAGCUUCAUGAAGCGCUUCUUCAACCGCUCCAGCUCGCUUGCAUUGAAGUUGGACUUCUUCUGCAUAUCCUCCAUAAAUUGAGACGGUGAUUGCCCCAUGUUGUUUUACGUGUGUUUGGAUAUACUACGGUGCGUAUGCUGUGGGCGACUUGCGCGUCGAGAAGGAGAAGGGGCAAAGAGCUUGGAUGAGGAG